UGUAGUCGGUGCUAUGCUGGGUAGUGAUGCUUUGCUGUACCUCGAGGAGGGGGACUACGCCACUUACCGUCAUACAUAUUUGAUGCCUCCACUGACGGGGGUUCGCACCCCGAUGACGAGGUCUGCUGGUACGUCAUCUUCGAGCCAGGCCCGGGCUCGGGCUGCAGACGCCCCUUCUACUAGUAGGGCUGCUACAUCGAGAGGUGGGGGUAGAUCGGUUCCUCCGAUUCCUCCGACUUAUCCUCAUCCUGGAUGGCCGGACAUGCCGUCCGAGUUGACGGGAUGGCGUUUUGGGACUCCUUACCCGAUUUCGCUAGAGCCUCCACUUCCUGACCAAAGAUAUGUCAGGGAUCCUGAUUCACCACCGCCUCCGGUUGAGUAUGUGGACGAGAUGCUCGGGGUGAUGGCCGCACUUGAGGGCAUGGUCCUUCGGAGAGAGACACACCUAUCCGUUAUGGGUGUGCAGGUACCGUUCAUCUUUCUUGUAUUUAUCACACUUCUGAUGACACACUGGUUUUGAACAUUCUU